UUACAACAUGACAUUUGUUACAGCAAAACAUAAAUAGAAAUUAGCAUUUUACGUGUUAGUGCUUAGCUAAAACUAAUUGUGACUUGAAGAAAAAUUGAAGGCUGCAUAUUUGAGUAUCAUGUACAAUAAUAUAAGUUAUUUUAUAGCGUUUCUUAAAAUUUGUCAUUGUCAUUUUUUUGCUAUAUAAUAAUAAGCGAAAACCGACGGUGUAAUAUUUGCUCAAUAGGAUUCAAAGUAAAUUUAUCAAAUUAUAAUGGAACACAUUUUUUUUUUAAUUAUUUACUUGGUCCUCGUUACAACAACUGCCCAAAUACCACAAGCUAAUCUACUAAAUUUGCUUGGUAUUCCUACACUAUCUAAUCUUUUGGGACGCCAGGAUAGAUUCGAUGGAAAUAUUAAUUUCGAUCUAUCUGGUCGAAAUUCUUUUACUGGAGCGCAAGAAUUUUUUGGUAAUUUUUUGAGCGAUUGUUUAAAAUUAAUCAAAGCUGAUGGAAAAUUUUUGGGAAAUCAAAUACACGAGAGUCAAGGAAAUAUUAAAGGAAAUUUUACAUAUGGAACUUCUUAAGAACAGAUUUUUGUGAAGACUCAUAAAAAUUAUUAUUAAUUUUAUAAAAAAUUAUUAUUAGUAAGCAUAAAAAAAAGCAAAAUAAAAUGUGAACUUUGGUAUCUGCAUGUAUUGUCACAGGACUUAUAUGUUAAAGAGACUGUGCAAUCUUUGUUUUUGUGAUUCAUAUAACUGCUACUCGUACGCUAGUGUUAUUAAAGCUUUUUUGUAAUAGAAUCUCAUUUAAUAUUAAAUGUUAUUCAUUUUAUUAUCAAAAUGAAAAAAGCAUUGCACAGAUAGCAGCAACCUGGGCAAAUUCUACGUUUGUACAGCACUAUUUGAGACAAAAUAUUUUUUAUGAGAAACGUGAGUUUUUUGAGUUGAUUAGACACUUUACGUCUCUGUUGUGAUUGUAUACUCUCAUAUUGAAUAUUUAAUAGGAAUUGAGACCAUAAUAUAUUUUUUUGUUACUUAAUCUAGAAUAAUUUAUUACUAAACUUAUUACGGUUGGAAUGACUCACAGGUAAGUUAUCUGUUUUAAGACAAGUUCAGACCAAAUUCUUUAAAAAAAUGCCCUUAGUGGACUGAGUUUUUUUGGAAUUUUUUCAAGGGCUAGACCUUUAUAUUAAAUCUAUUCGAUAUUAACUCAAAAAGAUUGUUUAAUUUUUUCCUUUUUUCACAUAUGUUUGUCUAUAAUUUUUAAUAAUUUUGACCAGACAUGUCUGGUUAACAAACCAAAAGUCUCUUAAUCUUCAACACUUAUAGAAAAAUCCUGCGCUAUGUUUUCUAUGAUUUCAAUCACUGCCUAUCAUCCAACUAAGAUACAGACAUACUGCAGAAUAGCUGAUUAGCGUUGCUUAAUGAAAAAUAUAAAGAUUAAUAAAUGUUUAAUCACGUUUGAAAUAUCUUCUAUUAGAAAACAUGCUACAGUAGACAUGCUACAGUAUAUUUUAUUAUAGCUGUUUUACUUGUAUAAUUACUAGCUUCAUUGAGCAUAUAUCACUACGCUUUACUAAACUUCAA